AUGUCGACGGCGGUGGAGGCGACGGGCUUCGUGAUGUGCGCGAUCAGCUGGCUGGUGACGGGCGCGGCGCUGGCUAACGACUACUGGAAGAUUUCCACCGUGUCGGGCAGCGUCAUCAUCUCGCAGCGGCAGUUCGAGAACCUGUGGCACUCGUGCGCCGAGAACAGCGCCGGCAUCGCCGAAUGUCGAGACUUCGAGUCCUUGCUGUCGCUGCCCGGUCACGUUCAGGCGUGUCGCGCCCUGAUGAUCGUGUCGCUGCUGCUGGGUUUGGCGUCCAUGAUUGUUUCUCUGCUGGGACUCAAGUGCAUCAAGAUCGGAUCGGCCGGAGACGCCUCCAAGGCCAAGAUGGCCGUCGCCGGAGGCGUCCUGAGUAUGCUGGCCGGUCUCUGCUGCAUGACGGCGGCGUCGUGGUACGCCAGCAUGGUGGUGCAGGACUUCUACAACCCGCUCUACGUCGGCGUCAAGUUCGAGCUGGGCGUGGGCCUCUACCUGGCGUGGGGCGCCGCCAGCCUCUCGCUGCUGGGGGGCGGCUUGCUGUGCACCGCCUGCCGGAGGGCGUCGGCCGGCAAACAGAAAAGCGGUUUCUACGGCAACGGCCCACCGCCGAAGGUCUACAAGGCGGCGGCCAAGUCAGAGGCGGACGCGGCCAGAGCGUACGUGUGA